UUCGUUAAUACUAUUAUAAUAAUAAGAAUCGCAAGCCACGUGACUUAGUGCUCCUUGAGGCGGCGCUCUCUCGAGGGCGUGUCACGUGCUUCCGCGUAGCGCUGUUCUCGAGCUCCGCUAGAGCUGCGUGGAGGUAGCGGCCCGGUGGCUCUAGGUGUCGGUCUUCGCCUGGUGGAUUCAGCCUGCGUGUACCGGACCGGCUCACAGGUACCGUGUUCUCCGUUGGUGAGUGGCCGGCAGCCGGGCGUCAUGCUGAGCCGGAAGAAAGCGAGAGCUCCGGGGGCCAAAGGCCGAGGUGCCGCAGCGGCCAAACAGAUGGGGCUUUUCAUGGACCCAGAGGAGAUGAUGGACAUGCAGGGCAAUGUGGACGACACAGAGCUGGAAGCAGAGUUUGCUGCUUUAGUGGGGAGAAAGAGUGCUGCAGCAGGGGCAGCUAAACCCAAAGCCAAAGCUCCUUUACCCAUAGAACACAUUGAAAAAAUGGCAGAGGACUGCAUGAAAGAUGUGGACGAUGAGGAAGACGAGGAUCUGGAGGGCGAUGAAGAUCUACUGGCUGAGCUGCAGGAGGUUGUGGGUGAUGAGGAAGCUGAGGAUGAAGAUCACACAACUCCAGCACUGACACAGGAAUCUGCCCAGCAGGUUAAGGACUCUGCGGCCCCUGGAAGUUUGGAGCACACCUUGGCUGAGAGAAUACAAAUGUACCAGGCUGCAGUGGCCAAUGCCAGUGCAUCUGGGGAGGCUUCUAAGGCUCGACGGUUUGAGAGAGGUCUCAAGUCCCUGGAGACGAUGCUCACAGCCGUGAAGAAGGGCAGCAAGGUCAACGAAUCAGAAAUACCGCCUCCGGUGGUCAGCGGGGCCUGUGGUGCUGCCCCUACGAGGGCACCUCCAGAGCCACCAGAAGCGACUGCCCCCAUGGAGCAGACACUGCUUGUUUCCAUGGCAACUGGGCCCAGUCUAGAAAGCCAGCAGGAGCUGGGUGUUGUGGCCAGGGAGCCUGCUUGUGCCCAGGCAGGCGGGGAACUGGAAGCCACAAAGGCCAUGCUGCUGGAACGGCAGAGGGAAUACAAGCUGGCAGCUUUGAAAGCCAAACAGAGCGGGGACACAGAGCGGGCCAGAGCCCUCCUGAAGACGGGGAAGAGAUUUGACACUGUGUUGGAAGCGUUGGAGAACGGGCAGCCAGUCGACCUCAGCAACAUGCCCCCCAUCCCUGGAGAAGCUGCAGACACCCCCAGCGUGAGGUCUCCUUCGGGCCCCGGGAAAGCAGCUUCUGCCUCACAGGAAGCCCGGGUCUCGCCACCAGCCACCGCCGCACCAGCUGCCCCGGCCCAGCCCAAGGACACCCUGGAGGCUCUGGAGCAAAGGAUGGCCAAGUACCAGGAAGCCUAUACCCAAGCCAAGGAGAGCGGGGAUUCCCGCAAGGCCCGCAUGCAUGAGCGCAUAGCCAAGCAAUACCAGAGUGCCAUACGUGCCCACAAAGCAGGCAAAGCCGUCAACUUUGAGGAGCUUCCUGUUCCGCCAGGCUUUCCACCAAUCCCUGGGUUGGAGAAGGCAGGGGGAGGAACCGAGCAAAGCCUGGUAACGGUGCUGGAGGCGGCCAACAAGCUUGCUGCAGAUGACGGGAAGGAGUCAGCGGAAGAUGAGGAUGAGGAAGAGAGCGAGCUGCCCAUACCUGGGAAGCCCCAGAAGUCCACGCUUGAUGUGCCACGAUCUGUGCAGGUCCCCAGUGCCAUGCGGUCGCCUUCUGUGGAGGGUCAGGCUCCUGCUGAAGGAGCCUCAUCCAAAGCUGAUCAGCAGCUGGACCUCCUGGAGAGCCGUAAGAAGCAGUACAUGAAGGCAGCUCUGCAGGCCAAGCAGAAGAAAGACAUGGAGCAGGCUAAAAACUUCCUGCGUGUCGCUAAGAGCUUCGACCCCAUCAUCGAGGCAGCCAGGAGUGGGAAGGCGGUUGACCUUGCCAAGGUGCCAUCACCCCCAGGAGACGAGGAUGAGGACUUCAUUCUGGUGCACCACAGUGAAGUUCAGGUCUCAGAGAAGACAGAGGAGGUGUACACCCAGCUGUUCAAGCUGCUGAACCAGCAGUAUGAGAAAUGCCUGACGUACUCAAAACAGUUCAGCCACAUGGGAAACAUCACGGAGACCACAAAGUUUGAGAAGAUGGCCGAAGGCUGUAAGAAAAAUCUGGAGAUCCUGAAGCUGGCGCAGGUGCAGGGACUGGAGCCCCCAAAACACCAUUUUGAGGACAGGACUUAUAAGACUGUGAGGAUAUUUCCCGAGCUCAGCAGCACAGAGAUGGUGGUUGUGAUUGUGAAAGGAAUGAACGUGCCAGCUCCUCACGGCAUCGCCCCCAAUGACCUGGACGCCUUUGUGAAGUUUGAGUUCCCGUAUCCCAGCACGGAGCAACCUCAGAAACACAAAACUGCUGUGGUUAAAAACACUAACUGUCCAGAGUAUAACCAGAGCUUUACUCUCAACAUCAACCGCAACCACAGAGGCUUCCGGAGGGUCAUCCAGUCCAAAGGUCUCAAACUGGAGGUGCUGCAUAAGGGGGGAUUCCUGAGGAGCGACAAGCUCGUGGGCACAGCACUUCUGAAGCUUGAGAAACUGGAAAUGGAGAGUGAGGUGCGGGAGAUCGUGGAGGUGAUGGAGGGCCGCAAGCCCACAGGAGGCCUGCUGGAGGUCAGAGUUCGUCUACGGGAGCCUCUCAGUGGCCAGGAUGUGCAGACUGUUACGGAGCACUGGCUGAUCUUGGAUCAGCCUCAGGUCGUUGUAUAAAAACAUGGCCAGUCAGGAAAGGUGAACAAGUGCCUCAGCACCAGAGGGCCAUUGGAUGAGCCAUUUCCCACACUGUGCACUGGUCCUCCUGUAAAGAGGAACACGGCCCCCGGUUCCUCAGGCGGGUCUGACUGGAUGUGUAACAGCACUUUGGAUAAUCAGCAGAUGCCUUCAGCCUGGCUUUAGGUUCAGGCUGAAUGGGGGACACACGUGACUUUCUGACCUCACUUUUUGUUUCUGAAGUAGGGUGAUAGUAAGUUGGAAGUCAGCAUGAUAAAUGCCUAGGCACUAAUACCAAAGUUAUCACUGUCGCUCUACUAUGCAUAGUAAAAUAGCGCACGCACACACACACAUCCAUAACGUACACUGCAGCCACCAGUUGAGCAGGUUAACGAUGCAGUGUGAUUGGCUCCUCUAAGCAAACAUCAGCCUUUCUGCAGUGGUCUGUUUGAUCACAGUCUCAUCUAUUUGUAGGCACCUCGCCACCUAGACACAGAUGCCAACAAUCGGUCCCGGGAGCCCACUGUUUAGCACUUUCGGAUGGUUCACACGUGUUCUGGUGAAAUGGAGACCUGUGCACUUUAGUGUUCCAUUUUAAAUUCCAGGAACAGCGUGCCAAAAAUCUGAGUCGUAUAUUAUCAGGAAAAAGCAUUCGGGAUUGUAACAUUUCCCCAGAGGCAAAGCGUGGGGAGACGUACCUUCUGCAUCGUGGCAUUCAGUCAGGCAAGCUGGUUUUCAUUCCAGGAGGAAAUUUCACAUGACUUUAGUUUGCCUUUUUAUAACCACAAUUCUUCAUUUAGCACUCGCUAGCUUUCUCGGGGAGUUCUUGUACUUUUUGUUUUUAUUUAAAUAAAAAGCACCUUAAAGUUUACAUGUCGUAAAAUGACACACUGAGGCAAAGAGGCCACACAGCAUGGCAUAGAAAGUCACUGUCACGGCAGCCUGACGAGGCAGCGAGCCCAUCAUCAUGCUUGAUCGCUGACCUGUAAAGAUACUGGAAUACGUCAGUGCCGUGUUGUUCCCGUGCCUCACUUCGCUGUACGUCUCCCUCAGUUCGCCUUUCAGCAUGUCGCCUGAGCGCUCUUUGCCUCCGUCUGGUAGCCGAGACUCAUGGGGCCGCUGUGCCCCUGCAUCGGCAUCCACAGCCCACAGCUCACUCAUGGAUCAGCUCCAGCGAGCAACGGUACUGGCUCUGUGGUACCACUACUCUUCAGAGGACUUGACACUUUAGUAUAACUUGUGUACUGGCUUGGAUUUAAACUUAAUGCAAUAAAAGUUAGUUUCUCUUUU